CUGAUUUGUUAAUGUGUUUUUGGAUUUAUUAAUAUGAUUUCAUAUUAGUCAUUGUGUUAAUAAUUUGUUGUUUUGCUUUCGGAGUUGUAUUUUGUUUUCAUAUUUGUGUUUUGUUUUGCACUUCUCGGCCACCGUAGUUUUCAGUGACCCAAAACUGCUAUGUGGAUGGGAGAUUUAAGCUUAGUAAAAGCAGAGAGAGAGAAAGAGAGAGAGAGCGAGAGAGAGGUUAUAAAUAAUUUACGUAUACGUUGCGUGUCUUGGAAUGUAGUAGUAUGACCCCAACGGCCUUACAUACGCGACUGCGCCUUUAAGACCUUGAAUGCUGUAAUUUCUGGUUGGACAGCAGCUAUGGCGGAGUGUGUGAGAUCCAGCUCUGGUCUCCCUUCUUCAGGAGAUAUGACUUCACUGGCACGGGCUCUAUCCCACACCACUUUAUCCCAGCUCGACCAGUCGGACGCGUUUCAGUCGCAGUCGUCUCUGUACAGGAUGGGAGGUUCUCGGAGGAGAAGAGUAUCAACUAGUCAAAGCGUGGACUCUGUGGAUGUGAGUCCAAGCGCUGAGGCGCGCGUGCUGGUUAUCAAUACCGGAGGGACAAUAGGAAUGAUGUACCACAAUGACGUGCUGUGUCCUGAACCCAAUGCCCUGGUUAAAGCUCUACGCAAACUUCCCAUCCUGCACGACGAACAAUAUGCUCAGCAAACCAGACUCUAUGAGUACUAUGAUCCUCCUGAGAACACGCUGGUGCUGCCCCUGUCCAAACAGAACAAAAGAAUAGUGUAUACUGUUAUAGAGUACUCUCCGCUGCUGGACUCCUGCAACAUGACAACUGAUGACUGGGCCAAUAUUGGAAAAGAUAUUGAGAAACACUAUGAGAAAUAUGAUGGUUUUGUCAUUCUGCAUGGUACUGACACUAUGGCCUACACUGCCUCAGCUCUGUCCUUCAUGUGUGAGCACCUUGGCAAACCUGUCAUCCUCACUGGCUCUCAGGUACCGAUUUAUGAAAUGAGGAAUGAUGGGAGAGACAACCUGAUGGGGGCGCUGCUCAUUGCAGGGCAGUUUGUCAUCCCUGAGGUGUGCCUCUACUUCCAUCAUAAGCUGUUCCGAGGCAAUCGUGUUACCAAAGUGGAUGCUGGGAGUUUCAAUGCCUUUAACUCCCCCAACCUGGCUCCAUUAGCCAAUGCUGAAGUUGAUAUCAAAAUAAAUUGGGACACAGUAUGGAGGGCAAACACAACAGCAAAGUUCAGGGUCAACACACAGAUGAACCGCAACGUGGGCCUCCUGCGUUUAUUCCCCGGCAUCACUGCUGACACUGUUCGAGCCUUCCUGCAGCCACCCAUGGAGGGGAUUGUUCUGGAGACCUAUGGCAGCGGUAAUGCCCCUGAUAACCGCGCAGACCUGCUGGAAGAAUUCCGGAAAGCUACGGAGAGAGGAGUUAUCAUGGUCAACUGCAGCCAGUGCCUCCGAGGCUCCGUCACCACAUCAUACGCCACUGGCAGGGCCCUGAGUGAUGCUGGAUUGGUACCUGGGGGUGAUAUGACUCCAGAAGCUGCGCUGUCUAAACUCUCCUACAUCCUGGCCAGGAAAGACCUCAAUACACAAGAGAAGAAGAAGAUGCUGAGCCGAAAUCUGCGUGGUGAGAUGAUUGCUCACCUGAAGGGGGCCAAGCUGACGCUCAGUGACAGUCGCUUCAUUCAAGUCAUUGCUAAAUCCCUCUGCAUCAGCUGCAAAGAGGAGCUGGAAGCUAUCCGUGAUGCCAUGACCCCUACGUUAGCCUGCGCGGCUGCUAAGAUUGGCGAUGUUGAGGCACUGGAGGCAAUUAAAGAGAUGGGAGGUAACUUGAGCAUGGAAGACUAUGAUGGCCGGACUCCCCUCCAUAUCGCUGCCUGUGAGGGUCACUUCAAAUUAGUGCAGUAUUUACUGAGCCAGGGAGCCACCGUUUACGCCAAAGAUCGCUAUGGGAACACACCUCUUCUAAAUGCUGUUCGUUUCAGACACAAAGAUGUGGUGAAGUUACUGAAAAAAACGGGAGCCCAUUUUUCUCGUGAUGAAAUGGAAGGCACUGGAACUGAGUUUUGCAGUCUGGCAGCAAACGCAGAUUUGGAAGGCUUGCAGAUUUGGCACUUAGCUGGAGCUGAUCUGACUAUGCCAAGUUAUAAUGGGCAAUUAGCCAUUGAGGUGGCCAUGCAGUUUGGCAAUGAGGAAGUCGUGCAGUUUCUUCAGUGGGCUGCUCAGUACCGAGCUCAGGUUUUUGAUGAAAUCGAAGAGUUCGACAUGCAAAGUUUUGGAGGGAAACGACACCUACACCAACACCUACUUUUAUUGGCUGAAUGGUGAAUUCAUCGAGUUUUCAGCUUGUCCACAGAAGAUCUAAGAAGACAAUCCCACCAGCAUCCAUCCCUUUGUUGUUUUUCAUUCAGGUUAUAUGUAUAGUGCUGUUACAGAAGAUAUUUUCACAAAGCAGCUUGACUUUAUAAAUGAGUAAACCAAAGGCAGACACAUUACGAAGACGGCUUGAGGCAGAACCCUUGAGAGGACUAGGAUAGGGGAACAUCCACCAUGGGUGACCCAAGAUAGUGAAUUUUGCUCAUGAUUAAUUACAGUAUAAUUGCACCUGGAGCACACAGAGGAUAAGUAAACAGUUCUAAUUGUGCUGGAAAUGCACAGGAUAUUAAGUAUGUGCACAUUCUGAGUAAGAAAUUUAAUUUGAACGUAACAUAAAACUGGUUUUAUCCAUCCCUCCUUUAAAACCCUUCUUUUUAUAUACCUAAUUUGAUCUUACAUCAUUACAAUUGGAACCCUUUUUAUUAGAUAAUAAACCAUAUAUUUAGAAUCUGGGCCAUACUUAUACAGGACUAAGCAGACACAAUGUGAGUGUAAUGUACUGUAUGUUCAGGUAUUAUAGGUGAAUGACAUUUUAUAUUACUGAGCAGUAUAUAAUAAUGCUGGAAGAGCUGACAUCACAUCAGUAUUAGAAAGUAAUAAAAUGUUAUUGUCUAAGAUUUUUGACAGGGAGUUAUACAAUAGGUAUUGUACAUUUUAGAAAGUGCUUGUGAGUUAGCGAAGCCCAUGUUUGGGAAUGGUUCCAGUACAAAUAUGCUGUUAAACCAUAUUUUGUGUAAUCAGGCUUGCUUAUCAUCUCAUUAGGAUAUCAUGAAGUGGAAAGAAAGUGUUAUGAUUUGCAUUAGCCAACAUUGGUUUAGCUUUUUUGCUAAUUUACCAUCUGCUAAUGUCAACUGCCACAAAAGUGUGUGGCAAUGUUAGUCACUGUUCAAUUCACAUCAACAUGCAGUUUGAUAUGUUUUAAAGACGCACAAAUGUAGUUUGAGUCGGGUAAUAUCCGAAAGCUGAGAAGAUGCAAGUUCAUGUUUUGUCCUCAUAGUAAAGUAGUCAGUGUAUUAUUAUUAUUAUUAUUAUUAUUAUUAUUAUUAUUAUUAUUAUUAUUGUAUGAAUGUAAGUUGUGUAUGAGCUGGAAAAUGUUAGCAAAUCUAUGUUAGAUAAGCGCAAACAAAUAAAAUAAAAUAUUUUCAUCCUAA